AUGGCCUCGUCUAUUGCCUCGGACAGACCCAAUCUUGCUGUGCCUGCGGCCGAAGAUGAUGCAGCCAACGAUCCCUUCGUUGCCAACACGUCAUCUACCGCCCACCACCGCUUCUCGGCCUUUGACCAUGAGCUCUUUGCCGCCGGGCCUGGCUCCUCCCCGCGCCAGGCGAAGCGCGCCCUCGAGGCUCAUCUAGCCGAGACCGAGCGCCGCCUCGAUGAGGCUGGUAAGCUCGGGACCGCUCUCGUAUCUCAGCGUAAGGCGCUGGCCGAGCAAUUGCAGGAAAUCGAAAAGCUCCAGACACAAGGCGAAUUGGGCCCCGAACUUCGCCAAAAACUUGUCGAAAUCGAGCGUGAAUACAACGACUUGGCGCGCGAGUCCGCUCGCGCUUUUCUACCAAAGAGGAUACCCUCUAAUGAAAAUGGCCCUGGCACACCAUUCGCACCCGAUGGUCGCACUGGCCGGCGCUCCAUCAGCCCUUCCAAGUUCGAUGGCCAUGCCACAGGCUCCCCUACAAAGCUUACAGUCCCCAAGCGCAGGGCUAGAAACCAACAGUCGAACCGGAUACACGACAUUGAGUUUGCCGCAGAAAUCAGCCAAUCUCUGAUUGCGCAGGUACGAAAUUUGCAGUCUCUUCUCUCCGAACGCGAAGAAGAAGUCAAAACCCUGCAAAGCGAAAAGUCCCGACUCGAAAUCGACACCGAAGGUCUUUACCAGCGCCUCAAGACUCUCGAUGAGAGCGAACACCGUUACAAGGACGAAAACUGGAACCUCGAGACACGCAUGCAAGAGAUGGCUUCGCUUCAAAAGGAAGCAUCCGACAAGGAAAAGAAACUGAGUCAGGCCCUGAGCCUUGCCAAUAUGGAAAAGACGGUCACUCAAAAAGAACUCGACGAGGUGAAGGCGUCCCACGCAAAACUCACCGAGGAUCAUGCCGCCGCCAUGAAGCUGCAUGAUAUUGAGCUUGGCUCCGCCAAGCGCAACCUCACCUUGGGCGAGGAUGAGCGUACAGCUCUCCAGAAAAAGAUUGAUGAUUUGACUGGCCAGAACCAAGAACUCGCAAAAGCUGUCUCCGCACAACGUAGUCGGUUGGUAGAACGCGAGCUUGGUACUGGAUUGAGCGACGAGGAGUUCAAUACCGCCACCGAAAAUGCGACCCCUGAGCACUCGCCACCUGCCUCGCCAAUCAAGGGUACUCCCCGUCAUGCUAUCUUGGAAACGGAGACUGUCAAAUCCUCUCUCGGCCACGCACAAAGGACGAUCCAGAGCCAGAGAAACCAAAUCCAUCGCGAAAAGACGGAAAAGAUUGAACUCCGACGCAUCAUUCAAGACUUGCGUGACGACUUGGAGAAGUUGCGUAGCGAAGCUGUUCCCAACACAGCCGCUAACCGUCGUACUCGCAAGGUGGACUCCAAAGAACACAAGCGGCCUUUGAGGUUACUGGGUAGCAUGCGCUCUGGCAAGCAGGAAAUCGUCUUGGAUGAUCCUGAGUGGGAAGAGCAUGACGGUGACUCUCCUUCUGGUAGUCCUACUGUCGCAAGACGGACUAUUCUGCCCUCCAUCGAGCCUAGUGACCACUUCGAGACUGCCAACGAGGCUAGCGAAUCUGCCUUUGAGACGGCCAACGAGCGAGCCACAGAGACGGACGACUUCCAAACUGGCCAUGAAGUCAUGUCAGACAGCGACGGCGCCGAAACAGAGACGGAAUCGAGAGGCUUUGGCAGGAUGAAGCAAGCCCCGAACCUGCCCGCCGGCCUUGCCCGACCUGGCACUCGCGAGUCCUUCCACAGCACUGCCUCGACAUCCGCUGAUGAGGCUCUUGAUACUCUGCCUGAUGUGCGCACCCCUAGCGGCACCGUGUCCUCCACGAGGAGCCGCUUCAGUCUCAGUCGUCUACCCUGGUCCCGCCGCUCACGUCAAAACAGCGAGGAGCCUACUGUUCAGAGCAGCCCUGUUAGCCAGGUUGGCGGCACUGGCACGCCACGCGCAGCUGGCCAGAGUCUGUUUGCCGAGCUUCAAGACUUUGAUGGCAGCGAGGAUGAUUCUAUCGGUGGUACUCCCCGCACUCGUACCAUACGUUCCGUUACCCCCGGGUCUACCCGUCGCACGCUCUCACCCGCGCCGCCAAUGCCUCGCCGCGCUAUUAUGGUCGACAGCUCAACCAUGACGGAACCAGUCUCCGUUAGACUAGAGGCUGUGGAAUCCAUGCGACCUACCUCCUCUGGUUCUGUCAUCCAUACCGGCCACGACAUGCCAGACUGGCGGUCCAGCUAUGCGACGACAACUGAGACGGAUGCGUCGCGCCCUAUCUCAACCUUGUCUACUGCUGACAUGCACGAGGAAAUCGCCCAGUUACCCGUUCCGCCAAAUGCUGCGGCGUCGAGGGAUCUAGUCUAUUCUUCGAUACAGACCCAGGGCAUAGAACCUCGAGAAGCUAUCAUUGUCCCGCCUGCGUUGAAGUUUUCCAACAUUCUGGCCGAGGGUCUUGAACCUAUCGCCAGUCCGCCGCGGUCUGUGCCGGUCAUGUCUUUUGGCCAAGUCCAGUCCCAAGCUGUUGAACCGAUCGAGCCUAUGCCCAGUCCGCCGCGGUCUGUGCCAGUCAUGUCUCUGGGCCAAAUCCAGUCCCAAGCUGUCGAACCGAUCGAACCUCCCACGCCCACAACACCCAAGGCGACUGCGGUGCCCAUAGUUGUCCCACCUCCAGUGCCGGAGCUCAGUCUGUCUUCCAUCAGCACAGAAACUAUUGCACCCACCCCCCUUCCGCAGCCCAUCCUGGGUUAUUCUGCCAUUGCUACUGAGCGAGUCUUGCCAGUAACUGAGCCAUUGCCUGUGCCCCCUUCCCUUGUCUUCUCGUCAGUCAAGACUGAGCACACGGUGCCGGUCAGCCCCCCGAAAGUGCCCUUACCCCACCUGACACUGUCCUCUAUUUCGUCAGAGACGAUCCAGCCGAGAACGAACCCCAAGAGUCGUCCCGCGCCGCUCACGUUCUCUGCUAUUCAGUACGUAAAUAUUGAGCCGCAAACACCAAGAAAUGAGAGAAGAGGUGGAUUUAUUCUACCACGGCAAUCCGACAACUCUCCUGAGAAGGCUACUCCCGAGACACCGAACAAUAGGAUUUUUGGAGCUUUGUUCGGACGCGGAAAGGGCAAAGAUGCCUCACCCGCCAUCGCUGAAGAUGAGACAAGGCAAUCUCCGUCAGAUUCCCUGCAUGCCGAGACACCAGAUUCGCAGCGCCCCUUCAAGGAGAUUUCGGCCAAUGGCUCCACUAGACCACCUCGCAAAUCUCCUGUAUGCAAUACGAGCGACCAGGGUGCCCAGACUGCUCUGACUGGCGGAGCGAUUGAUCGCCUGCAAAAGGGUCAUGCUAAGAGCCCGUCGGUCGCUUCGGUCGCUUCGGUCGGCAGCCCAGAGACAAUGUGUACCGUCCGGAUCCACCGUUCGCACGAGAGUCUGGCUAGUCACGUCAACCGUAGCGUGGACUUUGACGACUCCAUGUUCGAUACUGGGUCUGUGAUUGUUCGUCCUGAUAGUGCAGCCAGCGGGAGGCGGUCGGCUUACGAGGCAGCGCCGCCUUUGCCUGCGAACCACCGCCAGGCGAUCCAAGCCGCCGGUGCCCAGACACGGAACAACAUGGGCCCGCCACUGUGGCCUGCUUCCGCUCUCAAGCGUCCCAGCACGCCGGGCCAAGGAAAGCGACCAUUGCCUGGCGAGAAUGGAACACCAACUCCCCGUGCCGGCCGUGCUGCUAUCGUCGAGUUUCAGCACAAGCCUACAGCCAUUGAAAGACAACCAUCGGUGUCAUCGUUUGCCUCUGAUAUCGAUGCGCGAUUCGACCUGUCUGCUACGGAUAUUGAUCCUACUGGCUUCGGCCCGAACACGGAUCCUCGCAUGAUCCAGGCCAUUACGCAGACAAUGAUUGGUGAGUACUUGUGGAAGUACACGCGCAAGACUGGCCGUGGCGAGCUGUCUGCGAACAGACAUCGACGGUACUUUUGGGUCCACCCCUACACGCGAACAUUGUACUGGGGCGAGAAAGAUCCUUCGAGCGCUGGGCGAUCUGAGCUCAAGGCCAAGAGCGUGCCGAUCGAGGCUGUCCGUGUCGUGACGGAUGACAACCCGAUGCCUCCUGGCCUGCACCGCAAGAGUCUGGUCAUUAUCGCGCCGGGCCGCACAAUCAAGUUUACCUGCCCUACUGGUCAGCGCCACGAGACAUGGUUCAAUGCCCUUUCGUAUCUACUGGUGCGAACGGAGCCCCAGGCAACAUAUGACGCUGAGGAUGUGGCCGGCUCCAUCACGCGCGAGGAUGUUGACGAAUUCAACCCGCAGUUUGGGCGGCGAGCUGGGCAAGGCAACAGGCCGGAACAGCAGUCGCUGUCGUCGUACAACUCGCGCACUGUGAGGAACGAGUCCCCGGCUGAGGUGUAUUCGAUGGCUGUGCCGACACUGACGCCGACGCCGCACCGGACUGCGCUUGCCAACAAGGCGUCCAAGGGCGCGCUGAACAAGAUUAGCGGAUAUUGGAAGCUGUCGAGUCUCCGGAGCCGCGCAGGUGGCAGCAACGUCGAACUGUACGCAACAAAUCAGGUGCAUGACAGUGCCGAAGACCUUCGUGAAAUGAUUGAGCGGCAGGACCGGGACGCGGAUCGUCUGGAGAACGUGCGAGCGUGCUGCGACGGCAAGCAUGAUGUGGGAAGCGUUCCUCACUCGUCGAAGCGACAUCGUCACAACCAUGCUCAUCCGACCUACUCGGCCAAUACGACACCAGUUUCGUCCAUGCGAGCACGGGCUUGA